AUGAUCAAAGAACUGGAGGCCCGUGUGCAGCAGCUGACUGGAGAAGCAGAGAAUAGUAAUUUACAGAGGCAGAAGUUAAUUCAAGAAAAAUCAGAACUUGAAAGAUGUUACCAGAUAACUUGUAGUGAAUUACAAGAAGUAAAGGCAAGGCGUAACACAUUGCAUAAAGAGAAAGAUCAUCUUGUAAACGAGUGUGAGAAAAACAUGAAACUAUUACAAACCAAAUAUGAUGCUGACAUAAACCUUCUGAAACAAGAACAUGCUCUUUCAGCUUCAAAGACAUCUGGUGUGAUUGAAGAAUUAGAACAGAACAUCUGUCAAUUAAAACAGCAAUUACAGGAAUCAGAACUUCAAAGAAACCAACAAUUAAGAGAUCAAGAGAAUAAGUUUCAAAUGGAGAAAAGUCAUUUAAAAUGCACCUAUGAAAAGAAGGUUUAUGAUUUGCAGAGUGAACUUAAUAAAGAGAAAGAAGAUGCUCAAAAGAAAAUUCAUAAAUUUGAGGAAGCUUUGAAGGAAAAAGAGGAGCAACUAACUCGUGUGACUGAAGUUCAGAAGUUGCAGGCCCAGCAGGCAGAUGCUGCUCUGGAAGAGUUUAAGCGACAGGUGGAACUGAACUCAGAAAAAGUCUAUGCUGAAAUGAAAGAGCAGAUGGAAAAAGUGGAAGCAGAUCUAACUAGAUCCAAGUCUCUUCGUGAGAAACAAUCAAAGGAAUUUUUAUGGCAGCUAGAGGAUGUCAGACAGCGAUACGAACAGCAGGUUGGUCUUUGA